CCCAAUACGCUCACAUCAUGUUUUGCGAUAUGCUAACAUAAAGCCCUUCUUAGGACCCCCCGGUGCAUACCGCGUAGUCACUGACUACAAGAAUAAUCGCGGAGACUUCAGGGGUGUAAUGCAACAUACUGGUGCUACCAUUUCCGGUGCCUACGAAGCCUGCACCCCUGUCAAGGACAAGCGCAACGACGACGACGACGACAAAGAUAAGGAAGACAAGAAGGACAAGGGCGACAAGGGCGACAAGAAAGGCAACGGUGACAAUGGCGACGACAACGACGACAGCGGCGAUGAUGAACUCGCCGUCCGAGACACAUCUGCUCCCUCCCCUAGCUCCCAGACGAACGAGCUCGCCGCCCGUGCUAAGAAGAAGAAGGUCGGCUCUGCUACCUGCCCCGAUGGUACCACUCUGUCCAAGGACGAUGUCGGAAGUGCCUUCAAGCAGCUGAAGGACAACGCUGUCGGUACAUACGGUAAAUACCCUGAAGUCUUUGGCAACAUGAGCGGCGGUUCCCAGGUGUACCCGGGUGUUACCAAGGAGCUGCUCGAAUUCCCAAUCAUCCCAGGAGGAACCUUCUAUGGAGGUAAGUUCUUGUUCAGCUCCCGCUCACUUUUACAAUAUUGUGUCGAGUAGAAGCUAACCGUAGUCUCUGCAACAGACCAAUCUCCCGGUAAAUACCGUGUUGUUGGCGGCUCCGAUGGCAAGUUCCAGGGAGUGAUGAUUGAAGGAGCAGGUGGCACCUUCCAGCAGUGCACUGUUAACGCUGACUCCUAGAUGAGAUCCUUUAUAAGCGCGCAUCUGCAUCAGUUGAAAAAGUGCGGUUUUAUAUCUACUAGAUUACUCAAGUGCAUAUAGAUAGUUUGGGCUGUUUUUGAGCAUAUUGGUUUUGUUUUUCAUACGUCAUGUUCAUUGCGUUGUAACUAGAACGAAUUCAAUUUCAAUAUCACCAUCGUGGAUAUCAAGAACUUGUUAGACCUUAGAAGGACACGGAAG